GGUCAGGCGCGGAUGGAGAUGCAAAGGCAGGGCAGGGCAGUCAACUCGUGGGGGGCUGGCUCCGGGGCGAACGCCUACAGUUCCAGCGGACCAAUUAGGCGUGCAACCCCUAUUAGUUUUAGGGGUGAUUUCAGCGCCGAGUUCUCGAGUUCCGUCCGGUAUUGAUAUUUCCACUUAUAUUUCUACAAGGGCUCCUCCUCUCCACUCAUCCCGUACCGCCAGCCGAACCCUGAUACGCCGCGACGGGAUAAGCAGCGGGCCAGCCGCGACCAGCAAGGAAGGACAAUGUACUCCGUAGUACUCCGUACUGCGUAGAGAGAGGGGAAAUCGGAUGCAAAUCAAGGGGGGAAGAAAGCCUAGAAGGGCAGCUGAUGGGUUAAAAAUAGAUCGACACCAAUAAUGGAAGAAAAGACGGUAACUAUGUCUCUGGCUGGUACCUUCCUAUACAAACUACUGCGGCGAUCUACCCCGGAGCUACUUCGGGAUUCGGCCUCUCUUCACCAUCCUGCUGACUAACUCCGCCCAACCGGCUGCCCUAUCCGCCAUUCCGCCUCACCUCCACUCCGCCACUCUCACUCACUCCUUGUCGCUCUACUCUGCCUCUUCUAUCUCUGCUGUUUCUGAUAUUGUCUGCUAUCUCGGUGCCGUGAUACCCCGAUAGACCCGCGUCGUAGUCGACUAUUCGUGCUGUCAUUCAUUCUAGUGUCCGUCUGCUUCUUCUUCUUCUUCUUCUUCUUCUUCUUCUUCUUCUUCUUGUUGGCUGCCUGGCGGUCUGAGUUAGUUGCUAUAGAUAGCACAGCGAAACUAUGGCCAGAGAACCGUGGGAUGAUGAAGAGGCACUCUCUGGCAGGACCGUCAUCACCACGCUGACCGACGAUGAGGAUGACCCUUAUACGGACGAACCUGAUGGCAUCCAACAACUGGGCAUGUCAGGAGGUGUUGAGUCGGCGCCCACUACCCUGCCCAUACCUGUCUGGCUGGCGGAAUCCUCCAAAUCUUUCCACUGGAAAUGGGUCCCGCUGCCAUUGCGCAAGGCUGCCCGUUCGACUGUGAAGUGGCUUAAAGGCCCCAAUCCGCCUCGAGUUCUGCUCCUAAAUCCACUUUUCCCUAGCAUACAGGCUAUGCCUGUCAAGCUCGUAGAUCGAUUCUUUCCGAAACGAAAGUACAAGAUUGGUCUUCUGUUGGCGGUGUAUUUUACCUGGUUUCUCCCCUGGGCGUUGGUCCUGAGGAACUCCGCUUCUGGUGGUCAUAUCGAGGGCUAUGGGAAACCUGCUCCGAUCAGUUGUGGUGCUAGCUACUGGGCUAAGGGAAACGAAUGCGGCCUCAAUGGGUAUGAAUGCCGGCCAUUUAACCGCUCGACUUUUGCCUUUCGAUGUCCUGCGUUCUGCAGUAGCCAUCUCGUCCUAGAGCCGUACGUGGUAGGCAAUGAGACUGUCAACUACCAAGCUCUGGUAGUUGGGGGUCCUAUUCCUGGCGCCUCGAGUGAUGAUCUCGAGGGUGCGAUCUAUCGAGCAGAUAGCCACGUAUGCCAGGCCGCAAUACACGCUGGAGUUAUCAGCGACUCUACAGGAGGUUGUGGAGUCGUCGAACUGACUGGCGCUGGCCAUUCGUAUUUCGCCAGCAAGGCGAAUAAACUCGCCUCAGUUGGCUUUCCUUCAACUUUCCCGAAAUCAUUUAGAUUCCUGCGUCUGCCGGGUUCGCAGUCAGACUGCCCUGGCGACUUGCGGUGGCCGUUGUUUGCGAUUACCGCAACCGCUAUUGUCCUAAUCUCCCUCUUUACGACCUCCCCCGCCGUAUUUUUCUUCACGACAUUUUUCAUGCUCAUUCUCCACGUGGGUCUUGUAUCUGAUCCGCCGGAGCUACACAGGGUUGCAGACCUAUUUUCGCUCUUAUGUUCCAGGCUUCUGCCCGCUAGCUUCAUCGCAUACGUGCUCUACAUCUACUGUGCGCGCCCUCUUUUAGAACCACUGGCUUCCCCUCCCGUUUACCAGUUCAGCAAAACAAUCCUAUACCUAGGUCCUGCGUUUGUUGGUGCUCUGAACAACUACACGUUUGCUCUAUGGAUCCCCAUCCAACGUCUUACCCCGCACGACAUCAAAGCCCAGCCAGGCGCGCCCAUCGCCCUCGCCAUCAUGAUCACUAUCAUCGUCUCCAUAGUCCUCGGCCAAGCCUGGCACAUCCGCCAAGGCGGCCAAUUCUUCCACUACCUAAAGAUUUACCUCUGCAUCGGCGCCGGCUUAAUUUUCCUCCUUGUCCUCCCCCAAUUCCGCCUGCGCAUCCACCACUACAUCCUCGCCAUGCUCCUCAUGCCCGGCACCGCCUUCCCCAUCCGUCCCUCAAUCAUCUACCAGGGCCUGCUCCUCGGCCUCUUCGUCAACGGCGUUGCCAGAUGGGGUUUUGCCUCCAUCAUCGAAACGCCAAGUGCACUAGGUGAACUUCCAGGGCCCGGUAGCAAUGGCUGGUGGGGCGCCACUAGCCCCAACAUCACGAACUCCUCCGUCCAUAUCUCGCUGCCGUCUGGCGACCAUGUGGAUAGGGGUAAUGGGAACAUCACCUUCCAGCUGUGGGAGCCGGAGCGCAUGGAGAAGCUGAAUGUGGACGGCAUCAGUGUGCUUGUGAAUGAUGUAGAGCGGUGGCGUGGGUUUGUGGACGAGGAUGUUACUGGGGAGUUUGUCUGGCAUCGGCAGGGGCAUCGGGGACUGGAUAUGUCCAGGCCGAAGCGUUCUGCUGGUGUAGAAGAGUACGAGCAUGAUGAUGACACUGUUAUAUCAAUGCAGGAUCAAGAUGGGAAUGAGGAUCCGGCUGAGGAUCUGUUUUUCCGAUUUGCAUUUUUGAAGGGGUCGAAGGUCGGACUUUAUGGUGGCGUUGGUGUUUGGAAUAGAGAUGGCAGCUGGAUAAGUCCUCCGCCGCCGAGGACUUGAUUUUCUGAUUUUCUGAUUUUCUCUUUCUCUUUUUUCUUUUUUCUUUUUCUUUUUCUUUUUGCUUCUUCUUACACUCAUAUAUACAUUCUUCGCCCCUUCUGUUCCCUGCUCUUCAUGCUCACGAUUGUCUAAUUUGGUAUCCCCUUCUCUUUUCUUUUUUUCCUCUUUUGUUGUAUUGCCGCAAGGCAAUCAAGUAGUCAAACUAGCAUCAUACUUACCUAGACGGACGGUGUGGCGUUUUUAUAUUUGUUCAAACGUUAUCUUUUAUAAACUCGGUUUGUUUUUUCCCGUUUGUUCCCCCCCCUGUUCGCUGCCCUCAUCCCCCCGGCCCCUUUUAACGCACCAGAACCACACGUAUCUGAUAUGGUUCUACAUGGCGAGUUGAGUCAAGUUGUUGAUUUAUGAUGUGAUAUGAUAUGGUGCUUGAGUGAUUUAUGAUUAUGCGGUUUUGUGCGUGAGACAGGUUAGUUACUAUACAUUAUAUACACACACACUCUCUCUAUAUAUAUUUGGUUAUCUUAGAAGAGGACCCGUGAUGGAGAGAAGUUAGAGAGUGGAUGAUAGAGAGGUUUUCCCUUUCCUACUCUUUUUCCACUUUUAUCUCCUCGGAAGGGCACUUUUUGCCGGACCAACAUGAUGGGGCCGAAGAAUCAAUGACAAGGAGGCCUCUCAGUGCGCCAGGAGGUGAUGUCGGCCGGGGCACCAGUUCAAUGACUCCGUGUUUGACGAGGAUAUGCAGGAAACAAAGAUUAAAGAGGUCCCCUCAAAUUCCACUUGAAUUGAGAUCUCCUUGCUUUCAUUGACUGAGAUCAGUCAGCCCCAAAUCAUCCCUCCCACGGUCUCCUUGCGUCCUAACGCCGCUAACGACUCCACCUAAUCUGAGCUUCGAGCAAAAUAACAGCCUUGGAGACGAGCGGAUAAGGAUUUUACACCCGUAGGACGAACAGGCGAUUUCCAGGAUCCGUCUGACCGGCUUCUUCCGCCGCCAACGUCGUCUGUCUCUGUUUCUCUUCCCGGCAUAGAACCCGUUGCUCCAGAUGCGACAGAUACAACGAGCGAACGUCCUUGGGAUAUCACACAUCUCUAUUCUCCCGAUUGUCAAUGGAAAAUCCGAAGCUCACGCAAAUCUUCAAGCCAUUCAACCAAACGCAUCAUCUUCGAACGCUCGAGAGAAUCAAAAUCGGGUCGAUGUACAAAUUCUAAUCCUAACGGUACUCAAAGAGUCCAGAUAACGGUUCGACCGAGGCUUGUCUAUCCAUUAUACAUAGGGCGAGAUUGCAGCCCACAUCUAUCUGCUAUUAUACCUAGCCAGUGAGGAAAAAAAAAAAAAAAAAAAAAAA